AUGUAUCCUAUUGUCUACGGUGGAGAUGUUCCAAAUAAGGAAGCACACUUCAAUGGCCAUAAAUCCAAGUUUUGUUCUCCCAACUCCCUUGAUGCUACAUUGAUGAAAGGAAAAAUUGUUUUGUGCGAAGGCAGCCAAGGUACCGAUGAGGCAUUAAGAGUUGGUGCUAUUGGUGUCUUGACGCAAGGUCAAGGUUUUAGAGAUGUUGCAGACUAUUUCCCUUUAGCUGGAAGUUACCUUCAACCAAAUGGUGCUUCUAGCAUAGAUAAAUACAUUCAUUCUGCAAGAACUCCCAUGGCAACAAUAUUUAAGUCUCAUGAAAUAGAAAAUGCUUUGGCACCUGUAGUUGCACCCUUUUCAUCAAGAGGUCCAAAUCUAGUUACACCUGAUAUUCUUAAGCCGGACUUAAUUGCUCCUGGAGUUGAUAUCAUCGCUAGUUGGUCUCCGAUUUCCAUCGAAGGAAGAAAACUAGGAUUUAACAUUGUGUCCGGAACAUCAAUGCCAUGUCCACAUGUAUCAGGUGCAGCAGGAUACAUCAAAUCCUUCUGCCGUAGUUGGUCUCCUGCUGCUAUCCGAUCAGCUUUGAUGACAACAGCCAAACUAAUGAGUUCUAUAAAUAAUCAUGAUGCUGAAUUUGCUUACGGAGUCGGUCAAAUUGAUCCAGUGAAGGCUUUAAAUCCCGGGUUAAUAUAUGAUGCUGAAAAAAUGGAUUACAUAAGAUUCUUAUGUACACUAGGCUACAAUAAAUCCGUUUUAACAAAAAUCACUGGAAAUUCAGAUAGUUGUUACAAUGUAUCAUAUACAUCAGCACGGGAUUUAAAUUAUCCGUCCUUUGCUUUAAAAGCAUUAAAUCUGAAUCACAUAAGAGGGACCUUCAAACGAACCGUAACAAAUAUUGGAUCACCAUCUUCCACAUAUAGAGCAUUUCUGACAUUUCCUGAUGGACUCAACAUCUCAGUGAAGCCUGAUGUUUUGUCUUUCAGUUCAUUAGGGGAAAGGCAGACAUACAUUCUUACAAUAGAUGGAUCCAUAAAAGAGCCUAUUAGAUCUGCUUCUUUAAUUUGGGAUGAUGGUGAAUAUCAAGUGAGAAGUCCUAUUGUCGUAUAUGAUGAACGAGCGGAGAAAGAUAGAAAAGCACCAGAUUUUAAUGUUUGGGUUGUUGUCAUUUUUGCUGUUGUUUUUGUUAUUAUAUUGAUUUUGAUUUUGAUUUUAGUUAAGUGCAAACUUUUUACCUUGAAUAUAUAA